CAACCCUAACCGCGAUACAAAGGGAAUACUGCAUUCUGACACAAUGGUCGGCGACGUACUUAUGUACUUCUCCUCGCUUGACUCCAAUUCGAUCGUACUUUCGUCCUUGAGUUGGAAUCAUGGGCCUUUUCUCGACGCCUCGCCGCGCGUUCCGCCGUGCUGCUCAGAGGCUUGGGCGCAGGGCGCCACACGAGCUACAUCAGCAAUCCUGUGUUGGCGAACAUUCCCCGGCCUGGCCCUCGGCAGAGGACUUUGAUGAUCAUGAUGCUCUACGCAAGGACCCCAUGCCAUCGGGAAAUUGGCUCUCUAUCUGCCCGCGGGUCCCUCGAAUCUUUCUUCCCGCUGGCACCCUCUAUAUGCCGCCCAUUGACCGCCUGCCAACCGAGCUCCUCUGCCUUAUAUUUAUCCUCAGCGCGCACGAUCCCUAUGAAAGACCAUACCUUAACAGAACUUUCGUUCCCUUCAAGCUCACGCACGUCUGCAAGCUCUGGCGCGACAUUGCAGUAGACAUGCCGCCACUCUGGCAGCGCUUUGAGCUGCGGCCGUGUGUGGAGAAGGGCAGCCACCGCGAGCUCGCCAAGAUCUGCGCGGAGCGCGCCAGUGGCUUAGGACUGGUCGUUGCAUACCACGAACUCUCUGUCGACGAAUAUGACGGGUCGUGGUUCAACGACCAUACUGGGCUCCCCCGCGACAUCGAUUUCUGCGACUGCCCGAUGGACUUCAUCAUCGAGUAUAUCGACCAGAUUAAAUAUCUGGACAUCUCUAUCGGCGAGAACUCUAUUCUCCGACUUGUCGACGAAGUGGACGGUCCUGUCCCCAAACUGGAAAGAUUGAGCAUGACCUUCUACUGCGAUCUUCCGGACCCCGAGAUUCUGGCGAAUCUCUAUUCGGGACCCAAGUUAGUGGACCUUUUCUGGAGCGCCAACGAGUGCGGAAGGGAUGUUCCUCAUAUGGUGGAAUGUCCGGAUGCUCCCUGGCGCCAGCUUGUCGAACUCGAACUGCUUGACUGUCCGCUCACCCUGGACAUGUUCAUGGACAUUCUGGAAGACGCGCCCUUGCUGCAGCGCGUGUUUACGCAGGUGGACUGUCAAAGCCCUGUGACGAUACAGAAUCAAGGUCCCAUUCGUCAUGACGCGCUGCGAGACUUGACGGUGAAAGGCGACGGCCCACUCGACGUCGUAUUCUCCGCCUACUCGUUUCCGGCGUUGCGCAAGCUCGCCCUGUGGGGCAUCAAGUCUCCUUACGACCCCGACCCCCCUGGGUGGCCAUUUUGGCAACCUGACCUUCUUCUGCAGGUCGUGGGGCAGGCGGAGCGUGGGUUAGAGCGGCUACACCUUGAUGCGUGUGGCACUAUCAACGAGUCGAUGCUCAUUGACUGCCUGCGGCUACCUCAGAUGUCGACACUCCUCAAGCUCACGAUUUCGACAACUGAGCCGGUCAUUACUCAGCGGCUUAUCACUUUGUUCGACCCAGCUACAAGCGACUCUGUCUUGUUGCCUAGCCUGGAGCAGCUGAUUUUGGAAGGGUGUGCGACGGAAGACGGCGUCAUCGCAGAGAUGUUGUUGGCAAGGAGGGCAAAGACUGAUAAACUUCGUUAUGUGUUGGUCGACUACGACUCAGGCACUUGGGCUUACCCGCGGCUACGCGAUGAGGAGGUAAUCGAGGAGUUCUUUGAGCCUUACUAAGGUCGUUCACGAUCAUACAGCGGCCAUAUACUACGUACACGUACUCUGUGACUACACAUUUACUACUACUUUCCAACUCGUCCCUCGUAGAAUCUGAAGGAGGGAAUCUCUCAGCUCAAGAGAUGCCCUCUUGGGUAGAGGCGCAUUCUUCGAGGCAAUAAGAACAGAGCCUUUCGAUUGAAAUGUAC